AUGCAUAAGUUCGUUCGCAACUUAACCCGGCUGCAACAAGUUUCUCUGCGACCCUUGUUUCAGGGCCUAUCCCACAGCCCGGUAGCACCCGGACCCUGGACUGGGAAGGGGAGUCCUAGCCUGUGUCAUGUGAGCACAUCAGCAGUGGCCAGGCAGGACAAUGCAGUGCGUCCACAGCAGCCCGAAAACUCAGAUCCUUUCCAAGACAAGUCCAUCGGGCUGGUCCAACGCUUUAAGAAAACCCUGAAGCAGUAUGGGCCAGUCAUGAUACCUGUGCACCUGGUGACGUCCUCCAUCUGGUUCGGGGCGUUUUACUAUGCAGCCAUGAAGGGUGUGAAUGUGGUCCCCCUACUUGAGCACGUCGGCCUCCCAGAGAAGGUCGUCAAGCUCAUGGAGGAAUCCCAGAGUGGACAUGCCAUCACCGCCUUAACCCUAUACAAGAUUGCCACUCCAGCCAGGUACACUGCCACACUGGCAGGGACAUCCAUCGCUGUGAGAUAUCUGCAGAAACUUGGCUUCAUGUCAACUGUGCCCCCAGCCAAGAACAACAUGCAGGACAAAGUGGAAGACCCUAUGGAUCGUGGGUCAGGGAAAAUGGAUAAAACUAAAUAA